UUCCAGUUUGGCAACGUUUACAGAACGUGUAUGUAAUAAUGAUCACCGAUCAUCUUCUAAAGCGUUAUUAGAAUGCUACGCUUUGACUUUUUGACAACGAAAAUUGGCGGUCAAAAUUGACCAACCUUCCCAAGCUCCUCUCAUGCGGGGCAUCUCUACGUGCCACAGUCACCAGAACCAGACGCGUCGAAGAAUUUUCCCGCCCUUAUACAAUACCGCUUGAUUCAUUAGAAGAGUAGUUUGGAUUCAAGAGGACAAACAAAGACAGAAUGUCCCGACGCGUAUACAACACUCUAAACAACCAUUUACCGGCGGAUUGCCGUGCUUUCAUUUGAUAAAUGGCCAUAAUUGGAAGACUUCCUUCUUUAGCUGACGAUGAAGCAGAUGAAAUCAUUCACGGCCGAUAAAAUAAAGUAUAUUACUUCCAUGUUAGUAUAGAAUCAGCAGACUUUUACUGUUUCUAAUACUUUGUCGAUCAUUCCUGAGGAUUUUGGAACUUCACUACACCGGAAAAUUUGGCGGAGUUUCACAAGGGUGCUGGAUAUCUUCAAUCUUUUGUUUCCUGGACCUUAGUUAUCGAUUAGCCAACCAGACGAUCCAAACUAAUGAUUCCGGCGCCAAAAUGAAGCAUUCCCUUCUCAUUUCUUCGUACAUCGCAGUGUAUAUCUUGUCAGUCUACAAUCGCGUUGUCCAGUCUUCAGGUUGUCCGUGCAGGGCUACGCUAUCAUUGGAAGAUGUAAUAGCCAAUCACGUCUUGCAUGGGCACGUGAUUUCUACCUCAGCAGUAGCGGACGUUGGGCAGUGUUUUCACAUGUGUGUCUAUAGCAACGUGGUGUGCAAGUCUUUUAAUAUUUGGAAGAGAGAGGACAGUGGGUUUUGGUGUGAGCUGAAUGACCGGAACAAGGAUGUUGAUCGUCAUGCUCUCGAAGCUAACGUUGGAAGAGAUUACUACGAAGUGAACAGUAGAAUGCUACCCAAGCCGCAUUACUUCAAGGAUUGCAACUGUAAACACUACAUCGAGUUUACUUGUGAAUGUCAAGACGGUUACCUUGGUAACCAGUGUGACAAGAAGGCUCGGUCAUGCCAGGAUUACCUUCGUUUCAAGCAAAACUAUUCAUCCGGUAUUUACCUGGUAUUUGAUGGUAAUGAUACCAUAUUUUCUGUCUACUGUGACAUGGAUGUUGCACUCUUGUCCGCCUGGACGCUGGUCCUGUCAUAUGCCUUGCAGUACAAUACCGAAUUCAAUUCAACUCCAUUCUUUGUGGAUAACCCUUUGGAUGAAGACAAUCCAAACUGGUCCUUCUACAGGCUCUCGCUUUCUAGAAUGUACUCCAUUCGCUCUUCUUCGGACUCCUGGAGAGCUUCCUGCAGCUACUCCACAUACGGCAUAGACAAGCGCGACUAUGCAGUAGCGAGAUGGACAGACAUUGAUCUACUCUCCUUCGACGGCAGCGGCUGCCACAGAUUCACCUACAUCGACAUCCGGGGAUCUCAUUGCUCUAACUGUACCACGUGGAUACACCAGGGUUUUAGGUCCCGUAUGUUCCUUGUGGCUGCAUGUUAUGGACAGAGUAAAAGAUGUGAUCUUGUGGCUACACCAGACUCUAGUCUUUAUGAGGAAAGUUUCGGAUACUAUAUGAGAAUUAGCCGUCAGUUCAGGUGUACGGCGGAUGAAGACUCGACGACAGAGUUUUGGUUUGGAGGGAAAAUCUAAGAGAGAAUUGUAAAAGAAAGACUGUGGGAUGCUUCUCACGGUGUUUUUCUCGGGUUCUUUUUUCGCAUCUCAAGCUUCAUUCUACUCCCAUUACUAGCUAGUUAUUCCUUGAUAAAGUUUAUCUAUAGGUUAAUUAAAGUAUAUAGAAUGCACAGACAUUCAGUGACAAUUAGAGAACAUUUUGGAUAAAGAUAAUUCUCCUUCGUAUUGCCAAACUCUCAGGCGACAACCUUAAGGCCAGAAAAAAGUCUACGAACUGCUUCAAAUAAGAAAAAAACAUUUCGAAAGACCCCGACUACGACCAUAAAACUCACUAAAAAACAGAUGACUGCCAAUUCUGACUCAUUCUUCUGACAAUCUAGUCAAAUCUUGUCUGUAAAAAAUCAGGUGCUUUUAAAGUAAUCGAUCGUAAUUGAUUUCUCAAUAUUUCCCGUCUUUUGCUGACACUUUGCUUUUUCACGUCCUUCCUCGACAAAUAUUUGGAUUCACUUCAAAUAAAUCAAAGUGAAAAAUAAAUAGAUGAGGACAUACUCUUC